AUGGCGCUCAGCGUUCACACCCUUCCUCUCUGACGUUUUCUAGUCCCUAGGCCCCAGCCCACUAGAAGCCAGGGUGCCCCCUCACCCCGUCUCCCACUCUCCAGCGCCCCAGCUCCUUGCCGUCACAAGAACCAAGAGGACAACCACAGUUAUUAUGUGUCCCGUCUCUAUGGCCCCAGUGAGCCCCGCAGCCGGCAACUGUGGGUAGAUGUGGCCGAGGCCAACCGGAGCCAAGUGAAGAUCCACACAAUACUCUCCAACACCCACCGGCAGGCUUCGAGAGUGGUCUUGUCCUUUGAUUUCCCUUUCUACGGGCAUCUUCUGCGGCAGAUCACCAUAGCAACUGGAGGCUUCAUCUUCAUGGGGGAUGUGAUCCAUCGGAUGCUCACAGCUACUCAGUAUGUGGCGCCGCUGAUGGCCAACUUCAACCCUGGCUACUCCGACAACUCCACAGUUGUGUACUUUGACAAUGGGACAGUCUUUGUGGUUCAGUGGGACCAUGUCUAUCUCCAAGGCUGGGAAGACAGGGGCAGUUUCACCUUCCAGGCAGCUCUGCACCGUGACGGCCGCAUUGUCUUUGGCUAUAAAGAGAUCCCUAUGUCUGUCCCGGAAAUCAGCUCCUCCCAGCAUCCUGUCAAAACCGGCCUAUCAGACGCCUUCAUGAUUCUCAAUCCAUCCCCGGAUGUGCCAGAAUCUCGGCGAAGGAGCAUCUUUGAAUACCACCGCAUAGAGCUGGACCCCAGCAAGAUCACCAGCAUGUCGGCCGUGGAGUUCACCCCAUUGCCGACCUGCCUACAGCAUAGGAGCUGUGACGCCUGCCUGUCCUCGGACCUGUCCUUCAACUGCAGCUGGUGCCAUGUCCUCCAGAGAUGCUCCAGUGGCUUUGACCGCUAUCGCCAGGAAUGGAUGGACUAUGGCUGUGCACAGGAGGCAGAGGGCAGGACGUGCGAGGACUUCCAGGAUGAGUACCACAACUCAGCCUCCCCUGACACUCCCUUCAGCCCCUAUGAUGGAGACCUCACCACUACCUCCUCCUCCCUCUUCAUCGACAGCCUCACCACAGAAGAUGACACCAAGUCGAAUCCCUAUGCAGGAGGAGAUGGCCUUCAGAACAACCUGUCCCCCAAGACCAAGGGCACCCCUGUGCACCUGGGCACCAUCGUGGGCAUUGUGCUGGCAGUCCUCCUCGUGGCGGCCAUCAUCCUGGCUGGAAUUUACAUCAAUGGCCACCCCACAUCCAACGCUGCGCUCUUCUUCAUGGAGCGUAGACCUCACCACUGGCCAGCCAUGAAGUUUCGCAGCCACCCCGACCAUUCCACCUAUGCAGAGGUGGAGCCCUCGGGCCAUGAGAAGGAGGGCUUCAUGGAGGCUGAGCAGUGCUGAGAACACCAGGUCUCCCUUGUGAAGACUUUGAGACCACAGAAAAGACAGUUAAAGCAAAGAAGAGAAGUGACUUUUCCUGGCCUUUCCCAGCAUGCCCUGGGCUGAGAUGAGAUGGUGGUUUAUGGCUCCAGAGCUGCUGCUCGCUUCGUCAGCACGCCCCGGAUGUUGAAGAGGGGGCCAAAAAACAACCACAUGGAUUUUUUAUAGGAACAAUAACCUAAUCUCAUCCUGUUUUGAUGCAAGGGUUCUCUUCUGGGUAUUGUAACCAUGAAACAGCAGAAGAACUAACAUAACUAACUCCAUUUUUGUUUAAGGGGCCUUUACCUAUUCCUGCACCUAGGCUAGGAUAACUUUAGAGCACUGAGAUAAAACGCAAAAACAGCAACCAUGCCAUUUGCAAAACUAACUCUGGGAUUAAAGGGGAAGCAUGUAAACAGCUAACUAUUUUUGUUAAAGAUUUAUAGGAACGAGGAGGAGGUUUGGCUGUUGUCACAUGAGAGACUGUUAGCCAACGACAAGGAAGUUCUGCAAACCUCCCCUGGACCCUUGCUGGUGUCCAGAUGUCUGCGGUUGUCAGCCCCUUCCUUUCCCCCCGACCUAAACAGAAAAGACAAGGCAAAACCCACAUAAUUUUAAGACAGUUCUUUAGGACAUUAGUCCACCAUCUUCUUGGUUUGCUGGCUCUCCGAAAUAAAAUACCUUUCCUUGCUCCAA